UGACAAGACAAAUGACGUUGACGUUUUUAGCGAUUUGAAUUUUUACCAAAAAAAAAGUUCAAAAAACGUGCUAUUGUUUAUGUUUAUGUCCUAUGUGUAUGUAAAAUUAAUUAUAAAAGCAUACAGCUUUAAGCAAAUAUGUUGCAACCGGUUAUGCACAUUUUGAAACAAAAAAGUAUAAUUUUAGCUAGUGGAUCACCGAGACGAAAAGAACUUAUUGAAAAUAUUGGUCUCAAGGUUACACUAUGCCCAUCGUUAUUUGAAGAGAACCUAGAUCCAAAGAGUUUCAAUAGUUUUUCUGAAUUUGUAGAAGAAACUGCAUUGCAAAAAGUUUUAGAGGUUGAGAAAAGACUUUUAUCAGAGGGAAAGAGGCCUGAUGUAGUUAUAGGUGCCGAUACAAUGGUUACUUUGGGUAAAGAGAUGUUUGGUAAACCUACUUCAGAAGCAGAUGCAUUUAACAUGUUAUCACGCUUAUCAGGCCGUGGCCACACAGUGUACACAGGAGUGGUGGUCAAGACACAACACAAAACUGUGAAAUUCACUGAAAAAACCGAUGUCUUCUUUGGCAAUGUGGAUGACAAGCAAAUAAAGGGCUACAUUGCUACUGGAGAACCUAUGGACAAAGCCGGGGGCUAUGGUAUCCAAGGUGUGGGGGGUACAUUUGUGGAACGAGUGGAGGGGGAUUACUUCACUGUUGUUGGCCUCCCACUGUAUAGGCUCAGCUCAGUACUAUAUGACAUGUUCAAAGACCAAAUAUGAUGUCAUUUAUGUAUGUUUGUUCCACUAGUACAAUGAUGCAAUAGUUCAAUAUUAGUUAUAAGGAAAUAAUAUAAAGUGCUCUACAGUAUCAGUAAUUAUAAUAAUCAACAAAUAGUAUGUUGCAAGGUGAUAACAGUAACAAAUGAAGGUUUUAAUAAGUGUCAUUUAAUCUAUGAAAAGAGGAAGUAUAGUUAACUAUAAAAGGCUCUUGUAUUAUUCCACAUGGGAUUUUGAAUUAGCUAUGCCAUUUAUUAUAACAGUAUCUAUUUUUUUGUAAUAAUAAUACAAUUUGUAAUAGAAUUAUACAAUUCCCUUAUGCUGUGAUGUGAUUGUUUACCUAUCAGAAUAUAAGUGUAACUUAUACUAGUUAAUUUGUUAUGUUUUACUUACAAUGACUUAAUAAAUGUUGUUUUUCAAUAUA